GCCGCCUCCCAGAGCAGAGGGAGGCAGAAGAGGAGGGAGGGAGAGGAGGGGAAGGGAGGGGGAGGCGGCACUUGGGCUGCAGCUCUCAACCGGAGGCAGUCUCACUCUGCUCUUGGAGGGACCAGAAGAGGCAGCUGUGGAGUAGGAUGCUCUACUGGGCGCCCUGAGCGGAGGGCGCUUGAAGCAGCUUCGGGGACUGGAGACCAGAGCAACUGGUCAGCUUUCACCAUGCAUCAGUCCCUGACUCAGCAGCGGUCCAGCGACAUGUCCCUUCCUGAUUCCAUGGGAGCCUUCAAUCGGAGGAAGCGAAAUUCCAUCUAUGUCACCGUGACUUUGCUUAUUGUGUCAGUGUUAAUUCUCACGGUGGGCCUCGCUGCAACCACCAGGACCCAGAAUGUGACUGUGGGAGGUUAUUACCCAGGAGUUAUUCUUGGCUUUGGAUCAUUCCUUGGAAUCAUUGGAUCAAAUCUUAUUGAGAACAAACGGCAGAUGCUGGUGGCCUCUAUCGUGUUUAUCAGCUUUGGUGUGAUUGCAGCUUUUUGCUGUGCCAUCGUUGAUGGGGUCUUUGCUGCCAGACACAUUGAUCUGAAACCACUCUAUGCUAACCGGUGCCACUAUGUUCCUAAGACAUCCCAGAAGGAAGCUGAGGAGGUGAACUGCCCUCAGCUUAGCCGUGGACUCUGCACACCUCGCAUUCGGGGAAAUACCUGCUUCUGCUGUGACCUCUACAACUGUGGCAACAGGGUGGAAAUCACCGGUGGGUACUAUGAAUACAUUGAUGUCAGCAGCUGCCAGGACAUCAUCCACCUGUACCAUCUGCUCUGGUCUGCCACCAUCCUCAACAUCGUUGGCCUGUUCCUGGGCAUCAUCACUGCUGCUGUCCUUGGAGGCUUUAAGGAUAUGAACCCUACCCUUCCAGCACUGAACUGCUCUGUUGAAAAUGCUCAUCCGACUGUUUCUUACUAUGCUCGUCCCCAAGUGGCUUCAUAUAAUACCUACUACCAUAGCCCUCCUCACCUGCCACCUUAUUCUGCUUAUGACUUCCAGAAUUCCAAUGUCUUUCCAUCCUCCCCUCCCUCUGGACUCUCUGAUGAGCCCCAGUCUGCCUCUCCCUCACCCAGCUACAUGUGGUCCUCGAGUGCACCACCCCGUUACUCUCCACCCUACUAUCCGCCUUUUGAAAAGCCACCACCUUACAGUCCUUAAAGAAUACCUGCUGGGUAUUGAGAUUAUUGUGGCUUUUGUAUUUCUGCUUUCGUGGAAGUGUGUAGGGUACAUCUAACUUGUGACUUUUAUGCAUAAAGUUUUACAACCGCUUGCCAGGCUAUGAGAAGUUAGGGAUGAAACUUACUCAUUAUUGGGGAAGGGCAGGGCUGGCUAGGCCAAACCCAGCACUUCCAAGAAGGGGCAAUUCACACUGUAAGCAAGGCUGGGGAGCCAAUCCAGCUAGAAGCUUGUCACAUUUAGAUUCGCAUUUCCCUAUGCUCCACCUCUAUACAGUACAAAUGUGGUUGUCAUCUGCUUCACUUUAUGUAAGAGUGUUAUCCUCCAGCCCUUGGCAGAUGGCCACCCUAGCACCUUGGUUCAAUCACCUAGUAUUAUAGGCUCUAUCUUUCCCUACCAUUAAUGCCAAUCCUUUCCUAGCUGACAGGGCUACACAGUACUUCUGAUACAGAGAAUUCUGGCUAAGAUUUUCAUUUGCUUGUGUUGGAUGUUGAAAAAAGGUGCCCAUACCUUUACUCCUUCCUUCUCUGAGUUUUGUAAAAAUGGCUGUUGUGAUCAUUCAGCUCAGCUUUUGUUAUUGGUACCUCCCAAGGGAAAAGUGCAAUAGUCCCUCAUCCUGAGUGGUGGGAGAACAGAACUGGUUGUUCCAGAAGCACUGAAAUACACAGCAACAAGAGUGCUGUUUUCAGUAGAUUUCAGCAAUACAUCUGACAACUUAGGAGACAGUGGUUUUACUACAUGUUGCAUUGUUACAAAACACAUUUGCUACAGUUGAAAUUCAGACUUAGAUUAGAUUGGGUCAUGAAUGAAUGAUUACUAUCUUUGUGAUAAUUUAACCUUCAAAUAUUGUGCUUUAACCCUAGCAAAUCGCACGGAUUCUGCACCCUAUACCCAAACAAUCAUCUGUACUUUAAUGUCACUGAGCUUAUUUGUCCCUUUUUUUUUUCUGUUGAGACCAACCAUGACAGCAUUCAAUUCAAGAUUAUGAAAGUGUUACAAUACCAUUUCAAGUCUGGAAGACCCCAAAUACAGCCAACUUGAAAAAUUCUUAAGUGUUUCAGAUUUAAAACCCAUCUGGCACAUUGUGGUAGUUACACAGUUGCUUUAAUUAUACAUAGCUUUAAACCAUCAACCUGAUGAGUUCAAAACACCUAUGCCUUCACUUCAGAAUGAACACUUUCAUUUGGGAUCUUAUGUUAACCAGAGAAUUGGUUUAAAGAUUGAUAAUCCUACACUUGUAUAAUGUAAAAGUACAGGGGCUACAGGAAGAUACCUAAUUAGACAGUUGCAAAUACAGAACACACACUGGAAAAAUUUCCAGCCGAUUUCGCUACCUCCCAAUUUGAUGGAUUAGAGGUAGCAGACAAAUGCUGGUGCUCCCAUCUACCUUGUAGACACCUGGUCAUACAGAAUCAUCAAGGCACAACCAGUGCACUCACUGUUCACAGUAAAUGUUUUCAAAAUAUUCAGUUUACCCUUCAGCGUCAUGAAUGUUGUCUUCAGAUUUCAAACCCGAAAAACUACAAUCCUUUUGUGUUAUACAAAAUUAUUGUUAUUUUGUACAGUUCUGAACAUAUUAAAAUUCUAUUGGAUUUCAAAAAAGGACUGAUAAUCAAUUGAAUUAUACAAAUACCAACUUGUAAUAUUUAAUAACUUUUUGGCAUUUACACUUUACACCUUUUGCUUUAGUGAAUGUGUAUAUUUUUUAAAGGCACCAUUACACAGUAUAUCUACAAUUAUCACAUUUCUUAAAGUGUUAAGAUUCUAUGACUCAUUUCUAUGUAUUUUUCUUACUUUACAAAAUAACUUGAAACAGUAUAGAUUUUGUAACACUUAAUUUGAGCAGCUUCUUUUUUUAUUACAUCAAAUUAUAUAAAGUGCAUGUUACCUUAGGAAAAAUUAAUAUUUGCUGCUUUACUCUUUUGCAAAACAUUUGCUGUAAUGGAGGAAUUUGUAUUUCCAAUGUAUCUUGACUGCAUUUUAUAAUAUUUACUGCUUUCUUCCUAAUUUUGCUUUAAAGUAUUGAACUGGGCAUGAAGUAUUAAAGUAUUAAUCCAGACCUGUAUAAACUGGAUGUUGCUUAAAGUCUGUAUCACUGCCAUGUUGGAAACCCAGACGGCUUUUGUGAUGUUUCAAAUUAAUAAAACUAUCCUUCUCCCUAUGUACGUACAGGCAUUCUCUUGGUAUGUACAAAAGUAUAGCAUGUACUCUAAACCAACUGGUAGCUGCCAACUCACUUUUGACUUUGAUGGUUCAAGAAACACUGGGGCACAAUUAACCAAUACACAGAACCUAAUGAGAAUUUCUGCCAUGCUAUCAUCAGAAACAGCUACUGUCCUGUUAUGAAAAAAAAAAUAGAAUAGGAUAUAAAGCCUAUGUGAUUUGGUAACAAUAAUUUGUAAAAAAUGCACUCAAAAUUAGAAUUAACACAUUUUAUUUUGCCAUAAGAAAACUCUACGAACUAAUAUCAGGUAAUGGUUAAUGAAAAGCAGAACUUAAAAGUCAUGACAAGGAAGAUUGUACAAGUAUAAGCAUUACAAUAUUUGGGGGAAACAAUUAAGUUUUCAUAAAACUGAAUGAGGGAAGGAAGCCAGUGCUGCUGAAUUUGCAUUUAAUGUCCUGUAAUAAGCAUGCCACAAAAUGCCUUGCUCAAUGUUCACCAUUUGUUUUCUCUUUUUAGUACAGUGGAACAAAUUCUUCAUUGGUUCCACGUAGGGGGAUAGUUACUAUCAAAAUGAUAACAACUUAAAAUAUUUUAGUUAAUCCUGCCAAGACUUCUAUGGCAUUUAAAAAUGUUUGUUUAGUUCGAACAUUUUAAUCCUGUCAUUUAUUUUAACAAAUUGACUAUUUCAAAAUUUUUCUAUCUACAAUAUUUACAUGUAAUUUAGCAUUAGAGCAAAUUUGAAGCCAACUUGAAAGGGGAAAAAAGUAACUCAACAGCCAGAAAGCUAAAUAAAAAUAGAAAAAGCUCACAAUAAGUUUUAUAUAGUAGCUUGCUACAAAUUUUUAAUCCGAUAAAGAUUGGGCAUAAAGAGUUUUUAUCCAAAGGCAUAUUCCAUGUGAACUCUGAACUUUGGAUAUACAAACUUAUAGAAAAACUGAAGACCCUGAGACACAUGCAAGUAGAGUCUUCCUGGCAAAAUUACAUUUUAAUUUCCAGUUUUCCUCCUCCCCCAAACUCCAGAAGACAUCUUCAGUAGACACAAAGUUUUAAACUUCAAAUUCAAAUUUACAUGGAGCACAGCAGCAGCGACAAGUAAUUCUAUCAAUGCUAUUCAGAAUGGCUAGUUUUCCAUUAUAGAAUUCCCAGUUUGUCAUAAGUUUCUAGAAUUUUCAUUACAACAAAUUGCCCUAGCAGUUGAGACAAACAUCCUGAGGCUCUGCUGGCAUCACUAUCAUUCACACUGGCAGAAGUAUUUAUGUCUAACUGGUGAAAUGGCAUUAAUGAAGCUCAAACUAAUUUCCACUGAGAACAUUUUAGAGUGCACCCUAUAGUCAAAGAAUGUCGUCAACACCCAUAGGGAAAGGAAACAAGAUAUCGUGAUUGCAGACAUUGGAGUCUAGAGUUAUAAGGUGACCUCAAAUUUUCCAAGGGUUAGUUUAUAAAAUGGUUUGAAGGUCUAGGCUUACAGAAUAGAAAACACAGAUGUUGUCAGAAAACAUCAAUCUACCUCUUGGUAAGCAAAAAGUAUUAUUUGUCUUUGUAUUAUUGCAAAUAAUGAUGCCUGACAGCCUUAAGACACUGAAACCUUGCCCUUCAAAUCUAGUUUACCAUCUGAAGAAUCACAUAUACAUGAGAAUUAUGAUUAAAGCUUCAAGUUCACAGUAAAAAAAUAGACAAUUAAAAUACACAGAAAGGAGAAUGAAAAUACUUAUGCUGAACUAAGAAAUAUUUAAGCAAGGUUACAAAUGACUACUAGCUAUGAGGCAACAGUAGUUUUCAGUAUCUAUUAUUUUUCUCCCAUUGCAAAAAAAAUCACAGAAGUGUGUUAAUUCUGUUAUAAAUGCUAGGCUACAUAUUUGCUCCAACCUGCUUCCUUUUAUUACUAGCACUUGGGUAAGUUUUAAAUUCUUCUAAAUGUUUAAAUAUGUAUCAUCUUAAAGAUGAAAGGUUAGGUAUUGUUGAAAUAAAUGGGAAUUGACACACUUGCAGUAUUCCACAUGCAGUUUCUCACUGCUAUAAUAAAGUAGAGGUGGAAUGGAACACACAUGAAUGGAACUUAAAUUAAGGGGUUAAAAGCCUAAAAGAUCUUGUUGAAAGGAAAACACUAGAUUGACACUUAAACUACUUGAAAUGAAAUCUUCCUAUUGGAGCAUUCUAAUAAGAACAUUUUAAAAUAUAUGCCAGUAGCCUCCCACCUAAAAUACACAUGAAACUCAUUUAUGGAAUCUUAUCAUUUACCAACAUUAUAUAUAAAGAUGCAUUUGGUGGCUUUCAGGUUAUAAUUUGUAACAUUUCAUAGGAACACUUUUUAACCAUAAUGACCAAAAAGGAAAUACUCAUUCAACUCAAUUGCUUCUAUCACGUAAGAGCAGAGAAUUAAAAGCUAAGUGCAAAAGAACUCUGCAUCACCUCCUGUCCAGAUUAUAAAUGGUUGCCUUUUUUUUUUUUUUUUUUUU